GACUGUUAUGAAUAAUCUCAACCCAGUGUGGAAAACCUUCAAAGUUUCCCUCAACUCACUCUGCAGUGGAGACCAUGAGCGCAAGCUGCAGUGCACCGUGUGGGACUGGGACUCCAACGGGAAACACGACUACAUCGGAGAGUUUGAGGCGUCGUUCAAAGAGAUGAGAGGAGCCAUCGAUGGGAGACAGGUGCAGUGGCCGUGUAUAAAUCCCAAAUACAGAGUGAAGAAGAAGAAUUAUAAGAACUCUGGGAUCGUCAUCCUGAACCAGUGCAAGAUCAUCAAGAUGCACUCGUUCCUGGAUUAUAUCAUGGGAGGCUGUCAGAUCCAGUUUACAGUAGCCAUUGACUUCACGGCCUCUAACGGAGACCCUCGUAACAGCUGUUCUCUUCACUACAUCCACCCGUACCAGCCCAACGAGUACCUGAAGGCUCUGGUUGCCGUGGGUGAGAUCUGCCAGGACUACGACAGUGACAAAAUGUUCCCGGCGUUUGGCUUCGGCGCUCAGAUCCCUCCUGACUUCAAG